AUGGAAGGAGAUGAAAGACACCACGGAAAACGUAUUAACUUCUUCCUUGCGCUAGCAACAUUAUUAAUCGCGGCCACCUCCUCCCUCUACGGCGCCGAUUCCCUCGCCACCAAAGAAGAUGCGGCCAUCAUGGCCAAGCUGGCCACCUCCCUCACUCGAACGCCGCCCAGCUGGUCAGCCAACGACCCCUGCCGCUGGACCGGCAUCACCUGCGACUCCUCCGGCCACGUCACCGCCAUCAGCCUCGCCUCCAAAUCUCUCUCCGGCCAAUUGCCAUCCGAAUUAACCAAACUCUACGCUCUCAGGGACCUCUCCCUCCAACGAAACCAAAUCUCCGGCCCCUUGCCCUCCCUCGCCAACCUCCCUUCCCUCCAACAAAUCUUCCUCGACACCAACAAUUUCACCUCCGUUCCCUCUCCGUUUCUCUCCGGAUUAACAAGUUUACGGAUCCUAAGCAUGGCAGACAACCCUAAUCUAGCUCCGUGGUCGCUUCCCGGCAGCCUCGCCGAUUCCUCCGCCCUGAGUUCCAUUGACGCCGAGCAAUGCAAUUUGAUCGGUACCUUGCCGGACAUAUUCGGGUCACUGCCGAAUCUGCAAGAAGUCAGGCUUUCACACAACAAUCUCACGGGGCCUCUGCCGCCUUCCUUCUCGAAAUCAGGGGUUCAGAGGCUGUGGCUCAACAAUCAGGCUGUUGGUCUUUCGGGUAGGAUCGAUGCGAUCGGUGGAAUGUCGCAGUUGACACAGGUUUGGCUUCAUCAGAAUCUAUUUACGGGUCCAAUCCCAGAUCUUUCUGGGUGCACUUCUCUCUUCGAUAUCUCGCUCCGAAAUAACGAGCUAACCGGCCCCGUCCCGUCUUCUCUAACUACGCUUCCAAAGCUGGCUAAUAUUUCACUCCAGAACAACAAGUUACAGGGUCCAUUACCGCGCUUCCCCAAAAAUGUAAUGGUGAGCCUCGGGAAGAACAACUUCUGCAACCAAUCGCCGAAGCCUUGUGAUCCGCAGGUGACUACAUUGCUUGACAUUAUCGGGGCGUUUGGUUACCCAAAUAUCUUUGCCGAAUCUUGGUCCGGGAAUGACCCUUGCAAAGGAUGGAAAUCCGUUUCCUGUGAUUCAAAGGGGAGAGUGACGGUGCUAAAUUUUGGAAAACAAGGUUUGGUUGGGACGAUCUCGCUGGCCAUUGGAGACCUGAAUUCAUUGAAAAAUUUGCUCUUGAAUGACAAUAACCUCACCGGCACAAUACCUCCCAACUUGACAAAAUUACCUCAGCUCCAGCUUGUUGAUCUCUCCAACAACAAUAUUUCAGGAAAAAUACCAGCUUUCGAAUCAUCUGUGACAUUGAAAACAUCCGGAAAUCCAAACAUUGGAAAAGACCUUCCAUCUGAUGGUAGCGGGAAGCGAAACGGCAUGUCUGGGUUGCGGCCGUGGCUGAUCGCAGCUGCCAUUGUCUUAGCUUUGAUUUGUAUGGUAGCUUUGUCUCUCCUAAUUUACAAGCAGUACGUGAAGAAUCAUAGUUGGAAGUACUACAGAUGGAUCAGAUACUCUGGAAAAGCGGGCAAUUCGAAGAGCACUAAAGAUGGCACUGCCAUUGGUUCGUCCGGUCCUGGAAGUGAAGCGCCCAGCCGAAGCAGCUGUACCACUAAUAGUGGCAUCCAGGCUUUAGCUGGCGGCAAUGCCAUACCAGUAGAGGUGCUCCGAGAAGCUACAAGCAAUUACAGUGAACAUAACGUUCUGGGUGAGGGUGGAUUCGGGAUUGUUUACAGAGGCAGACUCCCGGACGGGACUCAAAUAGCCGUCAAGAGGAUGGUAGCUAUCCCGGCGAUCAGUUCAAAGGGGCUCAGGGAAUUCGAGGCCGAAAUCGCGGUGCUCAGCAAGGUUAGGCACAGGCAUUUAGUUGCGCUUCAUGGUUUUUGCAUCCACGAAAAUGAGAGGCUUUUGGUUUACGAGUACAUGCCUCAAGGCACGCUGGGGCAGCACCUGUUCAGCUACAAAGAAAUGGGGUAUCCUCCGCUUACUUGGAAGCAGAGACUCACAAUCGUGCUGGAUGUUGCAAGAGGGAUUGAGUAUUUGCACGGGUUAGCACAAGAGAGUUUCGUUCAUAGAGAUUUGAAGCCAUCUAAUAUACUUCUUGGAGAUGACUUGCGAGCUAAGGUGUCUGAUUUUGGCUUGGUUAAGAAUGCACCUGACGGGAAGCACUCGGUGGAGACAAGGCUGGCCGGAACAUUUGGAUACAUGGCCCCGGAAUAUGCUGCCACUGGAAAGGUGACGACAAAGGCGGAUGUAUUUGCAUUCGGGGUGGUGCUGAUGGAGACAAUCACAGGUAGAAAAGCGCUAGACGAGAGCUUGCCGGACGAGGAAAGCCAUUUGGUGGGUUGGUUCCGAAGGCAGCUCCUGAAUAACAAGGACAGCAUCAGGAGAUUUGUAGACCCCUCCCUGCCGGACCCAGACGAAGAAACCUUGGAGAGCAUAUACAAAGUUGCUGAACUAGCGGGACACUGCACUGCUCGCGACCCCCGCCAGCGGCCGGACAUGGGCCACGCCGUAAACGUACUAUCUCCCCUUGUGGAUCAAUGGAAACCACAAGGGGAACACGGUUUCGGCUUCGAGCUUGGCAUGAGCCUCCCUCAGGCCUUGCAAAAGUGGCGGUCUGGUGAAGAUUCCAUAAGAACCAGCAGUUUUACAAACCCAAGCGAACCUUCCGCCCCUUCAACCUCCUUCAAAUCAAGAGAUGGUCGAUGA